CUCACAUACAAUACAUACCGUAACCAAAAACUAGUUGGCCCGUAUUUUUAUUGAAAUUAUUUUAGCAAAAGUAAUAGUUUCCAUUAAAAGAAAACAAUGACGCAAAUGGAGUUUCAAGCGAUUGUAUUGGCUGGCGGUCGUGGAACACGUUUUCAGGAGCUAACUGGUGAACGGCUCAAAUGUUUGUUGCCGAUUGGUCCAUAUCCAAUGAUUUUCUAUCCAUUGGAGAUGCUACAAAGGCACGGAUUUCAAGAAAUCAUAGUUAUUGUUCUGGAAUCAGAACGAUUUGAUAUUCAACAAGCAAUUGAACGUACACCAAUCAAGGCGAAAUUGGAUUUCGUAACACUGCCCGCCGAUUCGAAUUUCGGAACAGCCGAAGCGCUGAGACACAUUUCAGAUCGUAUUAAAUGUGAUUUCGUUAUCGUAUCAUGCGACACCAUCACAAACAUCGAUCUGUUCUCAAUGCUAAACUGUUUCCGAAAGACGAAUGCAUCGAUUGUGGCUCAAUUGUUCAAAGGCGGUUUGGAAGCCGAUACUAUUGUGCCGGGGCCGAAAACAAAACAUAAACACGAUCGUGAUUUGAUUGGUAUUCAACCGGGUACACAACGUUUGGCGUUCCUUGCGUCGACCAGUGACUAUGAUGAAACAUUGAAUUUGCCAUACCAUUUGCUGCAUCGAUAUGGUCACAUCACAAUGCACAGUCGCUUAAUCGAUUCGCAUAUUUACAUUAUUAAGAAAUGGGUCAUUGACUACUUGAAAACGAAUAUGCAAGUAUUUUCACUGAAAGGUGAACUGAUUCCGUACAUUGUGAAAAAACAAUUGGCACGUGUGACAAAGCACGAAAAUGAAAAACCAUUUUCGAUGGUCAAUGUAAAUACAAAGCAAGGUGACAUCAUUCAGUUUAUCAAACAAAAUGAAUUUGAUCAGAAAAUUACGGAAACAUCAUCAUUCAACGAUUCGGUCAAUCGAAAUCCAUUCAGCGACGAUUUGAUUCGAUGCUAUGCAUUGAAUCCACAAGAGAAUUGUUUUGGCAUUCGAGUGAAUACAACACUGUCUUAUUGUACAAUUAAUCAAAAGAUAUUUGAAUUAUGGGAGCAACUCUUUCCCAAGCAAGCUCCAGCAUUGGUAUCACCACAGGCCUCUAUAGAUUCCACACAAAUGACUGAGUGUGCUGUUGCUGCGUCCACGAAAAUUUCCGAAAAAACAUCGUUGAAAAAAUGCAUUUUAGGCACAAGUAGUACAGUCAAUCCGAAAACCCGUAUUUCAAAUAGUGUUUUAAUGAAUGACGUCCUGAUUGAGGAAGGCUGCAUCAUUGAAAACAGUGUAAUCUGUGAUAAAGCAGUAAUUCGAAGGGGUUGCGUGUUGAAAAAUUGCCUGGUUGGACCGGAUCACAAAGUAGCUGAAAAUACGAAUGCAGAAAAAGUGCAUCUGUCUAAUUCGGACUUCCAAAUCGAAUAAAUGUUGAAUUCUGUUUUUUUCUUCUAUCUUUAUAAAGCAAACACUUUGUCAGAUGUGUUAAUUUUGUAAA